AGACAGGGGAGCUGAAACUACAGUUCCCGAUAUACACGCGCCAUUGACUUGGGUGAGUUGUGGGGGGCCACGCUUCCCGCCCCAGCCAUUGUUGCUGGUUAGCGGAAAACAGGAGGGAAUGAGCGAGAACGGGGAAUGUGGAAAUCAGACGCCCUCAGGAUUCCCCAGUAUUGAGCAGAUGCUGGCAUCGAGUCCUGGGAAGACCCCAAUCAGCUUACUUCAGGAGUAUGGCACUCGGGUAGGAAAGACUCCCGUAUAUGACCUGCUUAAAGCUGAAGGACAGGCCCAUCAACCCAACUUUACUUUUCGCGUAUCUGUUGGAGACAUCAACUGCACCGGUCAGUUCUCUGCGCCGCCCAGUACUAGAGGUCAAGGGCCCAGCAAAAAGGCUGCAAAGCACAAGGCAGCCGAGGAGGCACUGUCACUGCUAAAAGAAGGGGACAUGUUUGGAAUUAUGUGUGAGGAAAACAGUGUGAUGUUGUCCGUAGAACAACCUGCAGAGCUGAAGGAAGUUGCAGAUAUGUCCCCCCCUCCAAGCACCAGGAAUCACACCAUAGAAAUGAAACCCCCACUUUCAGCACAACAGUCUGAAUGUAACCCUGUGGGGGCAUUGCAGGAGCUAGUUGUGCAAAAGGGCUGGAGACUUCCAGAAUACACCGUCACCCAAGAGUCUGGUCCAGCGCACAGGAAGGAAUUCACUAUGACGUGUCGAGUGGAAAGGUUCUUGGAGAUUGGCAGUGGCACAUCCAAGAAGUUGGCAAAGCGGAAUGCAGCUGCAAAGAUGCUUCUUCAGAUUCACCGGGUACCUGCAGAGCAUCGGGAGUCUGGGGAGACAGAACCUGAGGAGGAUCAGUUUUCUAUGGGGAAGCUGGAUGGAAGUCGGGGCCGAGGGACAGCUUGCACUUGGGACUCCCUGCGAAAUUCCUCUGGAGAGAUGAUUCUGCAUCUAAGAAGUAACCCCCUGACCAUCCCGAGCUCUGGCUUCUGUAGCCUCCUGCAGGAUCUGUCUGAGGAGCAGAGCUUCCAGAUUAGCUACCUCGAUAUUGAUGAGCGCAGUUUGAGUGGACUCUAUCAGUGUUUGGUUGAACUCUCUACACAGCCUACUACUGUUUGUCAUGGCUCCGCCACAACCCGAGAUGCAGCUCGUGCAAAUGCUGCCCACAAUGCUUUGCAGUACCUAAAAAUCAUGGCAGGGGGCAAGUGAGUUUGGUGGGGGGGCAACAGUGCCACUGCCCCCCCCCCCAGUUGUUUUUUUAUUAAGAUCUCACACAACCAGUUUACCUUAUUUCAGUCACGGAAGGACUUGACUGCAUGAGCCGGUAACCAGUCUGGUAAUUGCACUUUGCCAAACGAUUCAUUGAUAAGACAAAGAAUCCACAAAUAUCUGUUCUGCAAGGCCAGCGUAACAGGACUGGUGCCUUUUAUAUCACUGGUGCAGGCCCUGGUACAACGAUACACGAUUCCCAAGGAUAUUGAAAUUCUGACUGAAGAUGAAAUGCCAUUGGUCAGAGUGUAAGAGUGUAGUGAAUGCAGCAGAAUGCUGGAAAAUGUUUCUUUUCAACAAACACAGAAACUUUCCUCCAAGCACUGGCUGUCAAGACACACCCCUCCUGUCCCAGGCACCAUUAGCUGCUGAAACCUUUAUUUCUGAUAUAACUGGAUGUUGAGCUGCCAGGCUUCAUUGCCCAUCCCACAUUAAAUUAUUUGAACGUUUCCCUUUUUUGUGGAAGGGAUGAACCAUUCUAGAGUUUAUCCCAAGAUUCCAUUGGAAGAGGAAGGUUGUUUUUAUUUCAGUGUGUAUCCUUUAGAAAGAGCAACUGCGAUGUUUUGUACCCUCCCUGGGGAUCUCUUUACUUCUUCUGGAAGUGUCUUUGUUGCUCUAAUUAUUCCAGCCUCAAUUUAAACUCAAGAGUGAACUACCAUAACAAUUCGAUCAUUAGGCAGAUUUGAGCUGGCUUUCACAAUCAAUUUGAUUUGCGGAAUGUGUAAACCUCUAUGCAUAAUCCCAUAUCUGCUAUGUGCAACUUUUGGUUUCCAUUUUGUCCUGUAAAUGGCAUAGAAUUGGCUGUAAACUAUGGUUUUCUAGCUGCAUCUGAGAGCAAAAUCUUUAAUCCUGUUUAAAUCAUUACAGUUGCUGGCCAUGCUCUUUCCUCUCUUCAAUUGGAGCCAAUCGGAAGUUACUUCAUAUAGCGGUUGGCUGUGAGGUCACGUUUACACAUCUUUUGUAAGGAAUAAAUAUGCUUAAACAAUAACCUUUUUGGAUAUCUAGCUCCCUAAUAUAAAGGCAAACUACAACUCAAAGGGCUGUUAUUGAACACAGCCCUGUGCAUUUGGGAAGAUGAUCACCACUUAAUGCUUCUUAUUAAAUCCCCAUGCACCUCUCUUUCUGUUUCCAGCUCCCCCAGAUUUGCAGCUUCCCCAGUUUGGACAGGCUGCAUUCACUGCACUUUUUUUCGUCCCACUACUUGAGUCCCCUGAUAUCGGUAUUUUAUUUGCUUUAGCACUAGGCACAAACUGCUUAGCUGUGACCAAGAUCUUCUACCUUGCAACAGAAAAUACAUGUGUCCUAUAGACACCUAUAGAAUGUGACCUCCUCUGGGGCAGGGUCUGAUGUGAACUUUCUCUGAUGCUCCAUAAUAUGUUGGUGCUACAGCAAUAAAGGACAAUAAAUUGA